GCGGGCAGCAGCCGCGUCAGGGCCGUCCGGGGGCGCGGCCGGCGAUGCCCACAGCCCCCGCCGUGCCCUGCCGGGCCUGCUGAGCCGCCCCCGGGCCGAGGUCGCGCCGGGCCGGGGCUGCGCCCGGGCGGGGCGGCGCUGCCUGCAUGACCCUCCGGCGGCGCGGGGAGAAGGCGACCAUCAGCAUCCAGGAGCAUAUGGCCAUCGACGUGUGCCCCGGCCCCAUCCGCCCCAUCAAGCAGAUCUCCGACUACUUCCCCCGCUUCCCGCGGGGCCUCCCCCCGGACGCCUCGCUCCGCUCCCCCGCGCCCCCGGACGCCCCCGCACGCCCGGCCGCGGCCAGCGCCGGCCCCCGCAGCCCCUCCGACGGCGCCCGCGAGGACGAAGAGGAUGUGGACCAGCUCUUCGGCGCCUACGGCUCCAGCCCCCGCCCCAGCCCGGGUCCCAGCCCCGCGCGCCCGCCUGCCAAGCCGCCGGAGGACGAGCCCGACGCCGACGGCUACGAGUCGGACGAUUGCACUGCCCUGGGCACCCUGGACUUCAGUCUCUUGUAUGACCAGGAAAGCAAUGCCCUCCACUGCACCAUCACCAAGGCCAAGGGCCUGAAGCCGAUGGACCACAAUGGGCUGGCAGACCCCUACGUCAAGCUGCACCUGCUGCCCGGAGCCAGUAAGGCAAAUAAGCUCAGAACAAAGACUCUCCGUAACACUCUGAACCCCACGUGGAACGAGACCCUCACUUACUAUGGGAUCACAGAUGAAGACAUGCUCCGCAAGACCCUGCGGAUCUCCGUGUGCGACGAGGACAAAUUCCGGCACAACGAGUUCAUCGGGGAGACACGAGUGCCUCUGAAGAAGCUGAAGCCCAACCACACCAAGACGUUCAGCAUCUGCCUGGAGAAGCAGCUGCCGGUGGACAAGACCGAAGACAAGUCCCUGGAGGAGCGGGGCCGUAUCCUCAUCUCCCUCAAGUACAGCUCACAGAAGCAGGGCCUGCUGGUGGGUAUCGUGCGGUGUGCACACCUGGCCGCCAUGGACGCCAAUGGCUACUCGGACCCCUACGUGAAAACAUACCUGAGGCCAGAUGUGGACAAAAAAUCCAAACAUAAGACAGCAGUAAAGAAAAAGACCCUGAACCCGGAGUUCAACGAGGAGUUCUGCUAUGAGAUUAAGCAUGGGGACCUGGCCAAGAAGUCCCUGGAGGUCACCGUGUGGGAUUACGACAUUGGGCGAUCCAACGAUUUCAUUGGCGGCGUGGUUCUGGGCAUUAAUGCCAAGGGGGAGCGCCUGAAGCACUGGUUCGACUGCCUGAAGAACAAGGACAAGCGCAUAGAGCACUGGCACACGCUCACCAGCGAGCUCCCGGGGGCCGUGCUCAGCGACUGAUGCCUGCCCACCACUGCCACCCCCCUGCCACCUGCGCCCAGCACAGCUGGCCCUAGGCUUCCCCAGCAGCCACCACAGCCUGUGGCUCCCACGUCGGGGGAGAUCUAGGACUCCUGAUUGGAUGCAGAGCCGCCGCAGUCCCCGUGUGGAGGACUUGGAGGGCUCAGCCACUCUGGGAUGGGGAGGGCAGGGGGCUGGGGUGGGGCUCUCAGCCCUCUGGUGCCCAGGCCAGUGGUGGAAGGAGACCUCAGCAUGUGUCCAGGGAAAGAGGACAGGGCCACCUGGGGCAAGGGCCCUUCUAGAGGCCAGCUCAGGCUAAGAGGACAGGAGUGCGGGUCACGCCGGGGGGCAGUGGGAACGCAGGAGGGAAGUGGUGAGGAGGCAGGCAGGGAGAGGAUGAGACCUUGAAGACCGGCUGCUCCGAGAUGUAGCCCAAGACUAACUGACGGCAUCCCUCAUCUCUGUCACCUGCCGGGCAGGUGGAAGAAGCGGGCCUGCCAGCCGGAAGUCUGCCAGAGUUCCCCGAGGCUCCUGAUGAUGGGCAGGCUGGUACAGGCUUCACUCAGUGAUUCCACAGGCACUGAGGGUAAAUGAGACAUAGGGCCUGCCCUCAGGGAGUUCCCAUCUAGUCAGGGAACUGGGAACAAACCAUCCCAACUGUGGCAAGAAAUACCAAGAGCAGCCUGGCCAGUCUGCAAGUA